AUGGCGGAACAAAAGCUAAAGAAAAAAGACACUUUGGCUAUGAGACACAAGUUAAUCGGACAGUCGUGUAGGCUGUUUUAUUCAGAAGACCCCGUGAAAAUAAUCAGAGCAAGAGGGCAGUAUCUAUUCGAUGAAAGUGGCAAACGCUAUUUAGACUGCAUCAGUAACGUCCAACAUGUGGGUCACUGUCACCCUGCAGUAACAAAGGCUGCCGCAUCACAGAUGGACCUCCUGAACGCAAAUGCACGAUUCCUGCAUGACAACAUUGUUCUGUAUGCUGAACGACUGGCUUCCACCCUACCCGAGAAACUGUGUGUCUUCUAUUUUGUUAACUCUGGUUCAGAGGCCAAUGAUCUUGCCCUACGCUUGGCCCAACAGUACACCCAACAUGAGGACGUCAUAGUGCUUGACCAUGCAUACCACGGGCAUCUGAUGUCCCUCAUCGACAUUAGUCCUUACAAGUUCCGGAAACUGACAGGACAGAAAGAUUGGGUUCAUGUGGCACCUUUACCAGACACCUACAGAGGCCAAUAUGGAGGAGAUCACCCCAACCCUGGCCAAGCGUAUGCCAACACCGUGAAACACCUGAUAGAGGAGAUUCACAUGAAAGGUCGCAAGAUCUCUGCCUUUUUUGCCGAGUCUUUGCCAAGUGUUGGAGGACAAAUCAUCUUGCCGCCAGGGUACUCCUCCAAAGUUGCAGAAUAUGUGCACUCAGCUGGCGGAGUGUUUGUGGCAGAUGAGGUGCAGACAGGUUUUGGGCGUGUGGGAAGUCAUUUCUGGGCUUUCCAGCUUCAAGGGGAGGAAUUCUGUCCGGACAUUGUGACCAUGGGCAAGCCGAUGGGCAACGGGCAUCCCCUGGCAUGUGUGGUCACUACUCAGGAGAUAGCUGGAGCUUUCACAGCUAACGGAGUGGAAUACUUCAACACGUUUGGAGGCAAUCCGGUGUCUUGUGCAAUUGGCCUGGCAGUGCUCGAUGUGAUAGAGGAGGAGCACCUCAGAGAGAACGCCGUAAAGGUGGGAGCCCAUCUUAAAGAUCUGCUCGCACAACUACAAGCAAGACAUGAAGUAGUUGGAGAUGUCAGAGGUGUUGGACUGUUUGUUGGACUCGAACUGGUUACAAACAGAGGGGAGAAGACUCCCGCCACUAAAACGGCUGCAUGGGUGAUGAAAAAGUUAAAGGAGGAGGACCAAAUCUGUAUCAGUACUGAUGGCCCCUGGGAGAAUGUCCUGAAGUUUAAACCUCCCAUGUGCUUCAGCAUGGAUGAUGCGGAGCUGGUGGUUCAGUGUAUCGACCGUAUCCUCACAGAAAUUAAAACCAGUGACCUGAAACUGGAAAAUGAAGACAUCUAA